AUGACGGAUAUCCUUUUCAAGCUUAACACCGGCGCAAGCAUCCCCGCCUUGGGCUUGGGAACCUGGCAGAGUCCAGAAGGUCAAGUCCGCGCCGCCGUUGCGCAUGCCAUUAAAUCUGGCUACCGGCACAUCGACUGCGCCUAUGUUUACGGUAACGAGAAAGAAGUCGGAGAAGGAAUCAAAGAAGGUCUGGCGGCUGCGGGAAUAUCCCGAAGCGAUCUCUUCAUCACCACCAAAUUAUGGUGCAGCUAUCACACCCGCGUCGAACAGAACCUCGACAUCAGCUUGGGCCUGUUGGGUCUCGAUCAUGUUGACCUCUACCUCAUGCACUGGCCCGUGGCAAUGAAUCCAAAUGGCAACCACGAAAAAUUUCCUAAACUGCCCGAUGGAUCGAGAGAUUUGCUACGAGACAGAUCCCACAUCGACACAUACAAGGACAUGCAGAAGCUGCUCAAGACCGGCAAGGUCAAGGCCAUUGGCGUGUGCAAUUACUCCAAGAAAUUCCUUGAAGAGCUGUUGCCUCAUGUCGACAUCGUCCCCGCGGUCAAUCAGAUCGAGAACCACCCGCUACUCCCACAACAAGAGAUCGUCGAUUUGUGCAAAGAGAAGGGAAUACACGUUACCGCAUACAGUCCACUCGGCAGCACAGGUUCGCCCUUGAUGCAGGAUCCCCAUGUCGUCAAGCUGGCCGAACAGAAGGGGGUGAGUCCAGGUUCGAUCUUGCUAAGCUACCACAUCGCCCGAGGCAAUUCGGUGCUCGCCAAAUCUGUCACUCCUUCUCGCAUCGAUGAAAACAAGAAGAUCGUUUCUCUGUCCUCGGAUGACUUGGCUUCACUCGCGGAAAUCUCCAAGAAGGGUGUCAAACGAUUUGUCUAUCCCGAGUUUGGGUUCGAUUUUGGGUUCCCGGACAGGUCAUGA